GUCUCGUCUAUUGAGCCAGCUUCAGAUUUAGUGAAUUUCCCACUGACUGCCACCGUCAACCAGCGAGCAAUCAGCAACCAGUGAUAAGCUAGUCAACAAGUCAAGACGCGGCCUAAAAGUCACACUUCCUCUUUCGGCUACCGACCUUUUUUUUCUCUCACUGCCAUCAAGCCCAUCCUUCCAGUACCCUGAUUUCUACCGUUAAUCCCAUCUCUUGAAGUUGAACCGCUCAAUAACGGAAUAUCGAUAUUCCAGUUUUCAGGUUUCUAGUGAAGAUACAGUAGUUGGAACGCGGAACGUCAAGUCAUAAUUGACAACAUGACACAACCUAUUCCCACGCCUAACAGACCUGCGGAUAGUCCUUCUGCCUCUUCACCUUUCUUAACACCUGCCAACACUCCACCAGCACCAGGAUUCUCCGAUGCGAGGUUACAACAGUUGUUAGCUGGUUUCGAUCAGGCUGCUCGAGGAGAUAAAGCUGGACAGGGUGUGAGUGGAGGUCAAGGAUAUUUCUUUGGAGAGGGCAGAAGGGGUUCGUAUUCGUUUGGAGAACACUUACCAACUCCACCACCUUCCCGUCGACCAUCCUUCUUAUCCGGGUUCAAACCAACUUUCACUCCUCUCACCCCCGCUCAUCCUCCCUCCACACCAAAUUCCCCAAGAAUACAACCACAAGAUCGGACUCGUCCUUCUCUCUCCCAUGCUCAAACGCAGAUGACACAAUUACCCACCCCAACGGAAGAAAAGCCGCAGCCUAUGCAACGUAGUAAAUCCGUCACAUUACCCGGAAAGGGAGAAGGUGUUGAUAUGGAAGAACGUCGUGAGGAUUAUUCUUGGGUUUGGAGAUGGAAUGUUUUUGUCAUGGAUUUCGAGAUCACGUGGUGGAAGGUUUGUGGUAUUUCAGGCAAUGAGGGGUUUGAAGGAUAG